CAUGGCUUUCCUGGAGGUUGGGAACCACACUGCAGUGACAGAGUUCAUUUUAUUGGGCUUAACAGAUGACCCAGUCCUUAGAAUCAUCCUCUUCACCAUCAUCCUGUGCAUCUACCUGGUAACUGUGUCUGGGAACCUCAGCACCAUCCUCCUGAUCAGAGUCUCUUCCCAGCUCCAUCAUCCCAUGUACUUUUUUCUCGGCCACUUAGCUUCUGUUGACAUAGGCUUCUCAUCUUCUGUCACUCCCAAUAUGCUUGUCAAUUUCCUGGUAGAGAGAAAUACUAUCUCCUACCUUGGAUGUGCCAUUCAGAUUGGCUCAGCUUCUUUCUUUGGAUCAACUGAGUCCUUCAUUCUGGCUACCAUGGCUUAUGAUCGUUUUGUGGCAAUCUGCAACCCACUGCUUUAUUCAACCAAAAUGUCCACACAAGUCUGUGUCCAGUUGCUUGUAGGAUCCUAUGUUGGUGGUUUUCUUAAUGCUUCCUCCUUUAUCCUUUCCUUCUUUUCUUUUCUCUUCUGUGGACCAAAGAAUCACUUUUUCUGUGAUUUUGCUCCUUUAGUUGAACUCUCCUGUUCUGAUGACAGUAUCCUCAUAGUUCUUGAUUCAUUUUCUUGUGGCUCUGUCAUUUUGAUCUCAGUGUUUGUCAUAGCCAUUUCCUACACCUACAUCCUCAUCACCAUCCUCAAGAUACACUCCACUGAGGGCCGCCAGAAAGCUUUCUCCACUUGCACCUCCCAUCUUACUGCAGUCACUCUGUUCUAUGGAACUGUCACAUUCAUUUAUGUGAUGCCCAAGUCCAGCUUCUCCACUGACCAGAACAAGGUGGUGUCUUUGUUUUACACAGUUGUGAUCCCCAUGUUGAACCCCCUCAUCUACAGCCUCAGGAAUAAUGAGAUUAAGGGCGCUUUGAAAAGACACCUUGUUAAAAAAACAUUUUCUUAG